AACGACGUUGACUGCUACACAUCGAAAAGCGCAGGAUUUCCUGUGGUUUUGCUGAAUUGGCCACAUCCAAGUUUUAGAUUCGCUAAAGUACCUAGACCAUUUUAACCUCCAUCGAUUUAAUGUCUUAAUCAAAACCAUCUUAUCCGCAUGUGCUGUAGACUACACCUCGACGUAGUUAGUCUGAAAGAAGUCCUCAAAAAUGUCCGAACCCACAGUGGCCGAUACUCGCCGGUUAAACUCCAAACCGCAGGACCUGACGGAUGCGUACGGGCCUCCCAGCAACUUUCUGGAAAUCGACGUGUACGACCCACAGACUAUAGGAGUCGGCCGCAAUCGGUUCACCACGUACGAAGUCCGGAUGAGGACAAAUCUUCCCAUUUUUAAACUGAAGGAGUCAUGUGUAAGACGAAGAUACAGUGACUUCGAGUGGCUGAAGAAUGAGCUGGAACGAGACAGCAAAAUUGUUGUACCUCCUUUGCCUGGAAAGGCAUUGAAGAGACAACUCCCCUUCCGUGGAGAUGAGGGCAUUUUUGAAGAGUCCUUCAUUGAGGAGAGACGAGCUGGCCUUGAACAGUUUAUCAACAGAAUUGCAGGUCAUCCUUUGGCGCAGAAUGAACGCUGUCUUCACAUGUUCCUGCAGGACGAAAGUAUUGACCGGAACUACAUUCCUGGAAAAGUGUGAAUGAAGUAAGGUUAUGGUAAGCCCCCUUCCUGUCCGGGAUCCAUCUGCUCUGCCAGCUCUUUUCUGCACAUCAAUCAAAGAUUUCACAGCUGCUCUCCAUUAUAUCUUGUAUAUAUUUUUCUCAAAUAGAGCUAGACUAUAACAUCUAUUUCACCCUGAAGAUGAACUCAUGUUGCAUUUAUACCUCACACAUUAAGUUUCUUUGGGAAGAAGUACAGUUUGCUUUUUGCUUAUCUUUAAACAAAUAUGAAAAAAAAAAAAAUUAUUCCUUUUGUGCCACCAAAACAGCGCCAACCCAAUUCUUCUCACAACAAUUGUACAAUUUUUCAGUUCUAAAAGGUCUGGCCAUUCUUCGUUGACCUCUCUCAUCAACCAGGUGUUUCCAUCCACAGAACUGCUGCUCACUGGAUGUUUUUUAUUUUUGGCACCAUUCGGAGUAAAUUCUAGAGACUGUUGUGUGUGAAAAUCCCAGGAGAUCAGCAGUUUCAGAAAUAGUCAAACCAGCCCAUCUGGAACCAACAAUCAUCCAUGCGAUUAUCUAAUCAGCCAAUCAUAUGGUAGCAGUGCAUAAAAUCAUGCAGAUACGGGUCAGGAGCUUCAGUUAAUGUUCACAUCAACCAUCAGAAUGGGGAAAAAAAUGUGAAUGCAGUGAUUUGGACCGUGGCAUGAUUGUUGGUGCCAGAUGGGCUGGUUUGACUAUUUCUGAAACUGCUGAUCUCCUGGGAUUUUCACGCACAACAGUCUCUAGAAUUUACACCGAAUGGUGACAAAAAAAAAAAAAAAACAUCCAGUGAGUAGCAAUUCUGUGGACGGAAAUGCCUUAAUGAUGAGAGAGGUCAACAGAGAAUGGCCAGACUGGUUCGAACUGACAAAGUCUACUGUAAAACAGAUAACCGCUCUGUACAAUUGUGGUGAGAAGAAUAGCAUCUCAGAAUGCUAUUCUGAAAUGCGGUUUGAUUUGGCGGCACAAGGGGGACCUUCACAAUAAUAGGUUGGUGGUUUUAAUGUUGUGGCUGAUCAGUGUAGGCCUCUUACUGCAAAUGCUACAAGCAGUUAUGGAAUAUAAUUGGAUUUGCUAGAAAAGUGAUCUCGUUAUCUUUAAAAGUUAUAAAUGCAUUUGUUGAAUAGUGACAUGAUGUUAGUUAAGCAACCCCUUCCCCCAACAAGAUUACUCUAACUCAAAAUGUAGCAUUUUUUGAAAGAAAUGAAACUGGGAUUGCACAUUGACAAUGUCUUCCUUUAUCACAUUCCAUGUUUCAUUAGAAUCCUUUAAAGAAUAUGUGUUAAAACAAAGGUUUUGCAACCAUUUUAAAUAGUUUUUCCUUUUGUUUAGUGUCAGUAUAAGAAGUCAGGCUUUGGGAAUGUACAAAUUCAAUUACUGUGAAAAACGGAAUUUCAUUAUGAUAAAAUGUAUCACAUUACAUUUAUAUAAGCCCUCUUUUGAAAAUUUUUGAUUUAUGUUCUUUCUCUUUUUAUUAUUGUUACUUUUAAGACUAUAUCUAAAAAAAAAAAAAAAAAAUGGCUGUAUUUCUAACAGAUAUAGCCAUAAUUUCUGCCCAUUAAUAAAAUCCUCGCUGUCACCUCUA